AAACUACGCCGCGUCCGCUUUGGGCAAAAGCGGGCAUGUACACUCGUUCACUUUGGCCCAUUUAUCGCUCCCAGUGGCCGAGUGGCGCCACAUCUCAGGUGGCCACAGCAUCAAUAAUCGCUUCGUGAAUCGCGUCUGGUUGUGAAAUGUGUUGUUCAUUUCUGCGGCCUGUUUCGCGGCUGCUCUUUCCGAGUAGAUGGUUUCUCCUCUCUACAUUGCCGAGACCCGAUCGACCCAGCCACCCGGUGGGCCUUCAUCCGUUCAUUCCAACGCUGUAUUCUUAAUAUACACCCAUGGCAACACCAGCCACACCUUCCAGAAUCCUACCUAAAUCGAACUUUCACAAUGCCAACGCCGCCACAAACACAGGCGUUUCGAUAGCCCCAGAUGCAGAGUCGAAGGGAGCCAGCCUUGCUUACCAACGGAAUAACGACUUCGAACACCCUGAUCAUGUCAUUCCACCACCAGACUAUACAGGCUUUGAAAACUUAGUCAUUGUCUGCUGCCAUGGUAUCUUCCAUCCAGAUGCCUCCUCUCCAGACUUUCCCCUCUAUAGUCCCCAUGACGAGAAUAAUUGGUAUCUCGCCGAUUUCCAAAAAUCAAAUCCCGAGACAGGCAAACCUGGGGAGCAAGAGACGUUUCUGGCGCAUGCGUUGGCCGGGAUUGAUGCUCUGAUCGGUGAAUUGUCUCCGGAUGUCCCCAACAGGACACUCUUGGUCAUGAGCGGUGGCUCCACCAAACCCUCGUUGACCCCGCUCAGCGAGGCCCGUUCCUACUACCAUGCAGCGCUGGCGCACGAGUUGGCAGAGGGCAAUCGUGGAGGCGGACGAACGUAUCAACUAUUCUCGAAAGGACGCAUUCUAUUAGAGGAACACGCUGCCGAUUCUUUCCAGAACCUGCUCUUCAGUAUAUUAUUGUUCAGACAGACGACUGGCAGGUAUCCCAAACAGAUCAGGGUCAUCACCCACGCUUUCAAGGCGCGGCGCUUUUUGGAUCUGCAUGCGCCGUCGAUCAGAUGGCCCUCGGAAAGAAUUCAAGUCCAGGGCAUUGAUCCAGUCAUGUCGGGGGCUGAGCGAGAGCAGACGAUCAGGGGUGAAGAGAAGCAUGGAUUUGCACCGUGGCUUCAAGAUCAGCUUGGUACAGGCGAUUUCCUAGCUAGCAAACGGAGAAAUCGAGGCUGGGAUGAGCAGGUGGCAGAGCAACUCGCUGAGGGGUUGGAGGUCAGCGCCAAAGAGGUCGUGAAGGGCACCGUGCCGGAACAUCUGCCGUGGGAAUCGACCGUUGUGUAGGAUGGAAACACGCAAUAAUCGGCAGCUCCUGCUUACUUAUAUCGCUACAUUUUUGAUGCUCUAUCUGUCAUGGAUCUAUGAUGCUGGCAGAUGCUAGAAGUGUCUUCCUCCGACAAUUGCAGGUCGCUUC